GAAGAAAAAUAAAACACUUAAUUAGAAGUGACUUUAUGUAAUAAUUAUAACUUUGUUGUGACUGGGAGCCUUAAUUUAACACUUUAAAUAUAACAUAUUCCAUGUUUAGAGAUCAUCCAAGAGUGAUGGGAGGUUGUAGUCCCACUAAUGAGUAAUUGAUGUUCAGUCAUCUUUUAGCAAGAGUUCCUCAGGCUCUUGUCAUGUACAUUUCAAACUCCUAGAGGUGGUGUGCUCUAACUGAAGGAGUUACUCAGGCACUUGUAUGAUUCCAUGCAUUUUAUGUUAAUUUAACAAAACAAAACCUAAACAGUUGUGAUUUAAAAAAGUGGUUAUUAAAUAUUUCUUCCUUGACAUUUAAACCCUCUUCCCCUUUAAAACUUAACAAUAGUUUUAUGGUUUUGUGAAACACUACCUUCCUUAAAUUUCAACCAAACUUAGUAGCCAUGCAUUUUAGGCUCUUUGUCAGUAUUUAUUCAGGGGAGCAUUCAUCAUAGAAGAACUUUAAAAGUCUGAAAAGCGUGCCAUAUUAACAGUAUGAAUAACAAACAGUUUCCAUACUUACACAGGAGCUGUUGUUGAGUUCAGGGAAAGUGUGUGGGGUUUCUGAUUCCUUUGUUAUUGUGUCCCAAGAACAAAAAUAAAAAGAGAAUUCUAGCAAUGGCUGGUUUGAACAAACAGCAGAUAAAAGUAAGGAGAUUGGAAAGUAGAUGCCCAUAACAUUGUGGGAGUUUUUCAGUUGAGAGGAGUACUUGGUUGGUGAGAGAAUUACCUUGAAGGUAGGACAGGUUUUGAGCUUAUAAACAGACUCUUCUGUUACAUGACAUUUUUUUUUUUUUUUUUUUGUGAGAACUGUUAAGAAAAUAGUGAGAUUUUAAUUUCUUGGGGUUUUUGUUUGUUUGUUUAAUAAGCUGUUUUAGGAUUUCAGAAGUGGUUGGUUAGCUUUCAAGUGUCUAGAGUAGACAGGUCUUGUUCUCUCAAGCUCUAAAAGCCCCUCUCUGCAGAAUCUUGUGUGUUUUCAUUUUGGUGUCGAGAAUCUUGGUAAGUCUCAUUUCUAUCUUCAGAGUAGUGACAGUCACAGAAGGCUUAAGUGCUCUGUUCUGAUCCAGGCUGCUGCUCUCUGUGUGAGUCAUUUUAGAAGGAAGGAAGGGUUGAGUGUAUUUCAGGGCUGACACUUCUGAGGCAUUAGAAAGAACACAGCUUUUUCUCAUAUUGUGAACAAAUGAAGUGGCUAUUUUGGUGGAUUUUUACUUUUGAUUGAAUUACCUUUUCUGAUGAGAAUUUUAGUCUGAGAUGUAGACAAAGAUUAUUAAUAAUUAUUGAAGGGCUGAUAAAAUGGUUCAGCAGGUAAAGGUGCUUGCUGCCAAGCCUGAUGACCUGAGUUCAAUCUCAAAACUCCACAUGGAAGAAGGAGAAAAUUGACUCCUGAAAACACACACCCACAAAAUGUUAAAAAAAAAAAAAAAAAGAGGUGGUGGCAUAUAUCUUUAAUCCCAGUGCUCAGGAAUCAGAGACAGGUAGAUCUUUGUGAGUUCCAGAACAACCAGGCCUGCACAGAGAAACCGUGUCUCAAAAAACAACAGCGAAGAAUAUAAUUCCAGCCUGGCAUGGUGGCACACAUCUUUAAUCCCAGCACUCAGGAGGCAGAGGCAGUUGGACCUCUUGAGUUUGAGGCUAAGAUGGUGUACAGAGCAAGUUCCAGGACAGCCAGGGCUACACAGAAAAACCCUGUCUGAAAAAAAUAAAGAAAAUAAGAAAGGAAGGAAGGAAGGAAGGAAGGAAGGAAGGAAGGAAGGAAGGAAGGAAGGAAAGAAUUUCUUAGUAAAUACUUUUACAAAGAUCCUCCACCAGAAAGAUCUUCAGAAAGUUCAUAGCGUGUGGUGGAUCACGCCUCUAAUCCCAACAAAUUAAAAAAUGGUAAGGUUGAAUGGCUCAAAUUUAGUAAUUUCAUGACAUUAUAGUUAUAAACUAGUCUGUAUUUUUGUUAAAUAUGACUACAUCAUAUUUUUAGUCUGGAUUUUUUGUUUGUAUAUGUAUUUUAUAAGUGUGUAGGUGUAUUUGUGUGUGCAAGUGUAUAUAGAUAAGAGGUUACUAUCAAGUGUCUUCAUACAUCACUUUACACCUAAUUACAUUAACGUGGAAUUUUUCACUGGAACAUAGAGUUCACCAAUCUUGCUAGUCUAGCCAGCUAAUCUUGAGUAUCCCCUGUCUCUGCUUCCCAAGCACUGAAAUUACAGGUGAGCUGCCAUACUGUCCCAGCAUUUAUGUGGGUGCUUAGAGAUCUGAACUUGGGUCCUUUCACUUGUAUGAUAGCAUGUUAUCUGCUGAGCCAUCUCCCCAGCCCCAGUAUUUGAAUUUUCUUAUGGGCCUACAAUUGUAAGCAUAUUUUUUUUAAUAAGGCUUUUUUGUUGAGGUAAUCUAUGCUUGAAUAUUAGCUUAUAUAGGAAGUUAGCUUUCCUAAAUUGAAAAAAAGUUAUUUGGCAAUUGGCAACACAUAACACAUUUUUAUUUUUGUUUGUGUUGUUUAUUGUCGUAAGGAUAAGAAUAGUCUGAUAGCUGUGUUGAAGGGUUUUUACAGGAGAUGUCUCUGUAGGUAGUUUAUACCAUGCUUGAUUUAUAGAAGAUGUGUAGUAUAUGGUGGUCUAUUAAUUAUUUAAUAAAAUAUUAUUUUUCCUAAUUUAUAUAGCUUACACCCCUCCUGUUUCUUGAGCUUAGGGUCAUAGAGCAAAUUUUGAUAUAGAAAUAAUUCAACUACCAAAUUAAAUGCAUGUGUGCCAUGUAGAUAAUAGUUACUGUGAAGUGACUUACAAUAGCUUUCCCUAAUCAUCAGAAUCUGUCAUUUUGAUUGCACUUAAUAAAUUACUUCUAAACUGAUCUCAAAUAUGCUUGUGUAUACUUACAAUUACAUUGCAUGGCUCUCUUACUUGGGUUCUUGUUGUAAACAUGCCUGUUUUGUUCAUGUGUCUUGAGAGAACAAGCAUUGUGACAUACCUGGCUAAUUUAAAAUAGAUUGCCUGUGAAGCACAAUUUGAGUCCAGUUUUUUGAGGUAUGGAGUUUUAGCUAUCGUGGCUGGGUUUUUACUCAAUCUCAAAUAAUAGGGCUCUGGUUAUUUUGCAGAGUGUCUCUGAAGAAUGGACAGAAUUGCCCUGGCUAACUACAAGCUACGGUUCACAGUGGAUAAAUAGAUGCCCGCGUGGUAAAAGACAUGGCUACGGGGAAGUCUAAGGGAUAUGGCUUUGUCUCCUUUUUCAACAAAUGGGAUGCAGAAAAUGCCAUUCAGCAGAUGGGUGGCCAGUGGCUUGGUGGAAGACAAAUCAGAACUAACUGGGCAACCCGAAAGCCUCCAGCUCCAAAGAGUACAUAUGAGUCGAACACCAAACAGCUGUCAUAUGAUGAGGUUGUAAGUCAGUCUAGCCCCAGCAACUGCACUGUGUACUGUGGAGGGGUGACGUCAGGAUUGACAGAACAACUAAUGCGUCAAACUUUUUCUCCAUUUGGACAAAUAAUGGAAAUUCGAGUCUUCCCAGAUAAAGGAUAUUCAUUUGUUCGGUUCAAUUCCCAUGAAAGUGCAGCACAUGCGAUUGUUUCUGUUAAUGGUACUACCAUUGAAGGGCAUGUGGUGAAAUGCUAUUGGGGCAAAGAGACUCUUGAUAUGAUAAAUCCCGUACAACAGCAAAAUCAAAUUGGAUACCCACCAGCAUAUGGCCAGUGGGGCCAAUGGUAUGGAAAUGCACAACAGAUUGGCCAGUAUGUGCCUAAUGGUUGGCAAGUACCUGCCUAUGGAAUGUAUGGCCAGCCGUGGAGCCAGCAGGGAUUCAAUCAGACCCAGUCUUCUGCACCGUGGAUGGGACCCAAUUACAGUGUGCAGCCACCUCAAGGGCAGAAUGGCAGCAUGCUACCUAAUCAGCCUGCUGGGUAUCGAGUGGCAGGGUAUGAGACCCAGUGAAAACAGACCACAGAAUGGAAGCCAGUGGCAUGAAGCCACAGGGAGGGUAGGAAAGUUGUUGUUUACUUAAAGAUUUAUCAAAUCAGUCAGUACAAAUGCCAGAUACAAUGUAUUUAUUUAAAUUCUUUUAAUCAUGAAAUUACUUUUCAUCCACAUUGUUUUAAAAAGGAACAAGAUGGUGGAUGUCUGCCAAUUUUUGCCUUCAUUAUCUUUUUUGAUAAGGUUUCUCAGAUCCUUGUUUCAAAGACAAAUGCAGGGAUUGCUGCCACUUUUUUAAAAAAAUAAGAGGCAGAAAAUUGCACAAUGUUGAACUUUUUUCCACUAAAAUAGCGUGCAGUUUUAGUUUGCAUUCCUGAUGAUUUAAAACAUGUAAUAUAGAUGUAAAAAGAAAAGCCAAACUUGUGCAAAGUCUAAGAGUUCUUUAUGACUUUCAGCACAGUUCUGUGUUAGGUUUAAAGAGUAGGCAUUGUGUGAGCUAUACCAUCUCCACUGUUAUCCCUUUGAAAAUUUUAAAUGUAAAUUAUUAGUUUAUAUAAUUUUGUAUCUACAUUUUUUUCACAAAUUUGUCCUGCCUUAUGAAAAUUCUGUAAAAUAUUCUUAAAUGAAAAGAAAUGAUGUUCACUUAGAUUGCAAACUUUUCUCAGAUGGACUGAUAAUUGCAUUCAUCUUGUUUUUAUAUGAGAAGGUGCCUCAAGGAUUCCCUUUUGGAUUUGUUUAAAAGGAUUUUUAUCUUCUGUGAUAAACUUUGCCAUGUACUAGGAACUAGAAGAACAAGAGAUUUGUUACUAAAGAGCAUCUGCAAUGUGAUAAGUGGUCACCUACAUCAGUUCAUGUGUCAACGUCUACGUUUAUAUGUGCUAUUUUCUAAAAUAUUUCAGCAGUUAGCAAACUUUGUAUGUCAUUUUCUUCCUAUAGGUGUCAUGAAGAGUAGACGUGAGAGAGGUUUUACAUUUAUUUGCAUGUGAAUAUCACAUACAUACUUUGGUAGUCUUUGAUACAAACUCAUCUGCUCUUGUUUUUCAAGAAUUUUGAGACACAAAGUUGUAUGUAAAGGAAUAUAUUAGUUUGAUGUUUUCUAGUUAGAUUUACUUUAAAAAGUAAAUCCACUUUAAUAUGUAUAAAUGAUAGCUGUGAAACUGUAGAAUAUUCCUCUGUCAGGCUUGGGAUUCAUUAAGAACUCCAAAAUCAGCCAGACAAAACAUUUUUUUAAAUAUUCAGAGGCCAAAAUAUGAACAAACAAACAAACCCUUAAAAAUCCUACCUCCUUAAGUAGCCUUCCAGGAAGAGGCUCCUCAGCACAGACGUGACUUUGGUUCUUUGGUACCUGAUCUCUUGGAGCUCCCACAUUAUUACUUUUGAGGUUUUCUCUUUGCUGGCAUUGUUCUAGCCUUGGGGUUUCUAGUAUAUUUCAGAGUCUCUUGGUUUGGUUUGGUUUCAGUGAUGACCAUAACCUCCUCCUUGACAACAGAGAGGAAGGAGUCCCUGUGAAUUGUGGGUUUUGAGACCUGCAGAGAGCUCCCAGCAUUUUACUUAGGCCUGUGGAAUUGGAAGCAUUUCCUGGCCUGUAUCUUCCAGGUAGGAGCACAUGACUCUAACCUGUUUUCUAAGCCAGUUCCCUUGUAAAGCAGAGCCCAGGAAGACAAAUGUGUGCUUCUUUGGAGCUCAGUUCUAUGCAGUUGUGCUAAUGUUUCAUUAAGUCACUGUGUAUUUUUAAGUACUAAUACAUUGAAAUUUGCUUUAUGAAGAUGAAUAAAUUUUUUAAAUACUUGGAAA